GCCUAAAGUGCCAGUGCCUGCAAAUGUAGGUAGGCCACCCAUCAGAAUGCGGGCGAGCGUGCUACCUGACGCCUUUGAAAGUGCAUCUAGCUGGAAAAAUGGCGCCAAGCUCCUCUCUGUGGUCGGCUCCGUACAAUGCCACCGUCAAGGCGGGGUUACAGGCCCUGGAAGCCAACUGGCUGCCCGAUGUUCUCCUGCGACAGGCGAUCCGUUUCUUGUUCGGCCUGCGCUUCAAGAUCAGCAAGAGGGAGACAUGCGAGGAGCAGUUGGCGGAUCUGAUGAAGUUUGUGGCAGGUCUGAAGAAGAUGCCCGUCGCUGUGAACACGAAGGAAGCCAACGAGCAGCACUACGAGGUACCGACUGAAUUCUACAAGCUCUGCCUCGGGAAGCAGCUCAAGUACAGCUCGUGUUACUUCCCGACGCCGAAGUCCACGCUAGACGAGGCAGAAGAGGCCAUGUUGCAAAUGUACGGAGAACGGGUGCGACUAGAUAACGGGCUCGACAUUCUGGAGCUGGGUUGCGGGUGGGGGUCGCUCAGUCUGUGGAUGGCGGCACAUUACCCGGGGAGCAGGGUCACCGCAGUUUCCAACUCGACGACGCAGAAGGACUACAUAGACGGGGAGGCGAAGAAGAGGGGCCUAAAGAACCUUACGAUACUCACGUGCGACAUGAACGUAUUUGAUGCGCCCGGGACGUACGACCGGGUAGUGUCCAUCGAGAUGUUCGAGCACAUGAAGAACUAUCAGGAGCUGCUCAGGAGGGUUGCCACGUGGCUCAAGCCGGAGGGCCUGUGCUUCAUCCACAUCUUCACGCACCUCUACUUCGCGUACCACUUCGAGGAUAACGGCGACGACGACUGGAUGGCGCGCCACUUCUUCACGGGGGGCACCAUGAACUCGGACGACACGCUGCUCUACUUCCAGGACGACCUCUCCAUCGCGGACCACUGGCGGGUCAACGGCACGCACUACGGACGAACCAGCGAGGCUUGGCUUGUCAACAUGGACAAGAAUAUGCCGCAAGUACGGAAGAUCUUCGCGGAGGUGUACGGAAAGGACCAGGUCACGAAGUGGGUCGUCUAUUGGCGGACAUUCUACAUCGCCGUGGCUGAGCUGUUCAAUUACAAGAACGGAGAGGAGUGGAUCGUCUCACAUUAUCUUUUCAAGAAGAGAGCGGUUUCUGGCCCUGCCCCGUCUCAGAGUAGCCAGCAUUGAUUCUUUCCGAGGGACCUUGUGCUCUAACUUAUUUGCCUUGACUGGAAAAAGUGAAUAGUCACCUUGCAGGCUUCCAACAAAGAUGAGAUUCCGUGCUUACCACAGGAGCUUAAGAGGAUAGGCACAGGCAAAUACCAGUUAUGUAUACGACAAUGAUUGACAAUGAUUUGGAGAUUGUGAUUGAAGUGUCCUGGAUGUUAUGCGUUGCAAAGUUGUUCAACGGUUGAACGAGGUAGAACCUGUCAGUGUACCAACCUUCAAUCGGAGGGGAUGGAAGCAGUGCUGAAAACGAUUGCUCGCACAACAGGGUGCAUUUGAGUGCAGACUGUCUCGUUCAUCAGUAGCUCUAGGCUCAGAAGCAAAUCAAGGAUCUUUGAACUGCAUGGAGAGUAAUUCGCUCCCCAACCGAUGUCAGAGUAAGGAUUGAUGCAGGCCGCCGCGCGUAUACCGCAUUCAAUGG